AUGGUCAUUUGCUCGCCCUCCGGACCAUUAGUCUUUUGGAAACCCGGAAAUAAGGAGUGGAAAGAGUUGUCACCCCCGGACUACCCAGAUAAUGGUGUUUUGGAUGUCAUACAUUACCAGGGGCAAUUUGUUGCCCUUGGCUACCAGGCUGAUAUAUUCACUUGUGAUGUGGAUGGACCAUAUCCAACAACUCAAGUUAUAUUGGAGACUCCAGAAUCUCCAGAAUUUCGAGAUAGCAUAAAUUUUGCUAUAAAUGAGUACUUGGUGGAGUCGGCGGGCCGUUUAUUGCUGAUCUUACGAUUUGAACAACGAGAGCAAAAGCAACGAUUCGAACAACGAGAGCAAAAGCAUGGAACCGUCAGUUUUCAGGUUUUCGUCGCUGAUUUAGAUACUAGAAAGUGGACGGAGCUUGAGAGCAUGGGGAAUGUAUCCCUCUUCGUGGGUUUCAACUCUUCCUUUUCAAUACAGGUUGAUGAGAACCAGCAAGUUAUCAAGCCAAACUGUAUUUACUUUACCUGCUGGGACGACAUCGGAAUAUACCACAUGGAAGAUGGAAGAAUUGAGUUUGACACAAAAGCUGAUUAUAAUUUUGAUCCGCCUCUAUGGAUUGAACCAAGAUUUUGA